AUGGGGAAGAAGGGCAAGUGGCUGGGCGCCGUCAAGAAGGUGUUCAGCCCUGAGUCCAAGGAGAAGAAGGAGGAGAAACUGAGGAAGAAGUUGGCUGCAAGAGACCCCAGUCCACCAGAUCUAACACCUUCCACUUCCUUGGAAGUCAAUGUUUCGAUGCCGCCGCCGCUGCCGCCUCCCGCCGUUCCAUCCCCGCACCAAACUGAGGAGGUUCAGGUCCGUGAUGUUGAGCUGGAGCAGGAGCAGGAGCAGAGCAAGCAUGUGACCGUGGAGGCAGCCCCUGAUGCUCCUGCGCAGACAUCGUCGGCAUUGCCACCUGGUGUAUCGAGGGAAGAGCUAGCAGCAAUCAAGAUCCAGACCGCCUUCAGGGGAUACCUGGCAAGGAGGGCACUACGAGCCUUGAGGGGCCUUGUUAGAUUGAAGUCAUUGGUCGAGGGUAAUUCGGUUAAGCGUCAAGCUGCAAGUACUCUGCGCUGUAUGCAGACUCUCGCACGGGUGCAGUCACAGAUACGUUCAAGAAGGCUGAAGAUGUCUGAGGAGAACCAAGCCCUCCAGCGCCAGCUCCUGCUGAAACAAGAAUUGGACAGUUUGAGGAUGGGGGAGCACUGGGACGACACCACUCAAUCCAAGGAGAAGAUCGAAGCAAGUCUAAUAAGCAGGCAAGAGGCUGCAAUAAGAAGAGAGAGAGCGCUCGCAUACGCGUUUUCCCAUCAGUGGAAGAGCAGUUCAAGGUCCUCCAACCCAAUGUUUGUAGACCCAAACAACCCACACUGGGGCUGGAGCUGGCUGGAGCGCUGGAUGGCAGCAAAGCCUUCUGAGGCCGGACGCACUGGAACCGGCAAGGAAAGCAACAUUGACCAGGGAUCAGUGAAGAGCACGAGUUUGAACCUUGGAGAGGGCGAGAUCACUAAAGCCUUCAACCGUAGGGGCUCCAAGCCAGACAAGUCGUCACCGACGACUCCAAAGCUGACCCGCCCAGCCUCCCGGCUGUCCCCUUCCACACCCACUGCCAAAGUGACACCAAUAGUUGUGAAGAAGAAACCUGCUACACCGAAGAACGGGAUUUCACAGGUGGAUGACGAUGCAAGGAGCGUGCUCAGUGUGCAGUCCGAGCGACCAAGGCGGCACAGCAUAGCCACCUCAACAGUGCGGGAUGACGAGAGCCUCGCAAGCUCUCCAUCAGUCCCAAGCUACAUGGCUGCCACAAAAUCUGCUAGGGCCAAGUCCCGCCUCCAGGGGUCGCCACUGAUCGAUAGUGCAGAGACGACACCAGAGAAAGGAGGCUCUAUUAGCGUUGGGUCAGCCAAGAAGAGGCUGUCCUUCCCAGCUGGAGGGGUGCCCCCCUCGCCAAUGAGGCGGCAUUCUGGCCCUCCGAAGGUGGAGAGUGUGGUGAAGGACAUCGCUGUGACACCGCAGCCAGAGGCCCUGGCGAUCAGCGGUUGA